UGACGUCCAAAAUUUCAUUUAUUAUACAAAUUCAAAUUGAAAAAAAAAAUUAAUUGUGUAUAAAAAAUUUCGGUUCGUACCAAAAAAAAAUUAAAAUUAUUUUGUAAAAUACAUAUGCAAAAAUGGCAGACAACAACAUGGAGCCUUCCUUAAUGGCUAAUGCGCCAUCAGCCAGCAAUUUAGAAUACAAGUUCUCAGAUAGGGUCUUGGCACAAAUACGCGAAAGUCGUAGCAAAAAUCAAUAUAUUGAUGUUGUCUUCACUGUGGGCGAACGCCAGAAGCGCAUACCAGCACAUCGGCUGGUAUUAGCGGCGUCAAGCAGCUAUUUUCAAGAGCUCUUCACCACGGAAGCGAAUGCCAGCGAAAUUUCGUUAAAACAUAUCGAUGCACAUAGUUUUGAAACCUUAAUCAAUUAUUGCUACACCGGCAGCUUAACGCUGGAUGAGCGCGCAGCACGUAAACUGGUGAUAGCGGCAAAAAUUUUGCAAUUCAACGAUGUUGUGCGCUAUUGCAGUCGUUUUAUAGUGAACAAAUUGAGUUAUGCCAAUCUAUUGGAGGUCAUGUCAUUCGCUGAUGAUCACGGUUGCAAGGAUUUGCGUGCUAAAGCUUUCGCCUUUGCCGUGGAACAUUUUAAAGAGGUGCUCACGAGCGGUGAACUGCUGCGUUUCAGUCCCGCACUCAUGGAGGAGUUGGUGGAGAGUGAUGAAUUGAAUGUGUACAGUGAAGCGGAUGUGUUUGAUGCCAUAAUGCGUUGGCAUAAAUAUGAUGAGGAAAAUCGACGCCCGUACUUAAUAAAUUUGCUUUCACUGCUGCGCAUCACACAGCUGGAACCGGCCUUUGUUUUCAAGCACAUCAAACCAAUACCGGGUAGUGAGCGUUUAAUAUUGGACGCGUUGGAUUGGUUUCAUGUGCCGGAAACGCGUUGGCAAACUAAAUUGAAGUACACCAAACCACGCAACUCGCGCAAUUGUCUCAUGGCUGUGGAGGUUAAUAUCAUGGAUGAAAGUAAACGCUUUCUACGUUAUGAUCCUGAAGAGGACGCUUGGACACGCUGUGGUCAGGUUUUGGGUGAGAAAACAGAUUAUGGCACCAUAUUCGUUAAAAAUUCGCUCGUCUUCAUUGGCACUAAAUAUUUGGUGCGUUUUGAUGUGGAAAAACAACAGUGGGAAACACCGCAACCAAUACGUAAGCGACGUGAACUGAUUUGUGUGGCUGUAUUGCAAGAUAACAUAUACUUAAUUGGCGGUUAUUCCAAAGUGACCAAAAACACAGUGGAAAUGUUCGAUAUGCGCACAGGCGAUUGGCUGCGUGUAGCACCGAUGCUGGAAGGCCGCUACUGCGCAAAAGCGGUGGUAUUCGAUGAGCGCAUCUAUGUUAUGGGCGGCUCAGAAAAUGAAUGCGCGCUCAACUCAGUUGAAUGUUACGAUCCGAUGCUAGAUACAUGGGAAGCACGCGCCUGCAUGUUAGAAGCGCGUGCUUCGCCUGGUGCCGCUGUCGCGCAUGGUUAUAUUUACGUAUUGGGUGGCUAUAAUGAUGCACCCUUGGCUACAGUCGAGCGAUUUAAUCCUGUGAAAAAUGAAUGGUCUAAAGUUUGCUCGCUGACAACGGCACGCAGUCGCAUCAGUGCCGUGGUAUACAACUAUCAUUUGCUUGCCUUGGGUGGUACAAAAAAUGGUGAAGGCGUAAACUGCGUUGAGGAAUAUAAUGUGGACGAAGAUAAAUGGGUAUUGAAGGCGCCUAUGCCCAAUGGUGCGGCCUACAGUUCAUUCAUAGUGCCCACACAUUUGGCUGAUAAAUUGCAAACCGUUUUAUCGGAUGUAAGUCGACCCGCACAUUAAACACACACACACAUACACUUAUACGGUUACAAACACUAAACAUUCAUUAUUUUCGUAAAACACGCAAAGCGAAGUGUAAUAUUUGGAAUUUAGUUAUUUUGGUUUAUUUAUUUGAUCAUUCAUUUAUGCCUUUGCAAUAGUUAUCGCCUACUGUAAAAUAGCGCAUGAAAUGCUAAAUAUACUCGUAUAUAUGCCAUA